CACCGAUCACAGACAAUUGUGUUGCUGAACUCACUCGAUCCUGUUGUUGAAUCAGCAUUCUUUCGUCUUGUUGGUUUCUUAACCUUCUCCAGUCGUCUCCACAUGGGCAGACCCGGAAUGCCCGGAAAUCAAGUAGCCCUCAAACCCUGAAACAUGGCCAGCGACAAGGAGACCUCGCUGGACGCGAGGGUCGAAGGGCUAUGGCGGAUCUUAGAUACUCGCAAGGAAGGCCAGUUAGACCUGAACGGCCUUAGAAAAGGGUUGAGGAAGAUGGAUCAUCCACUGAAGAACGCCGACCAUCUUCUGCGUGAAGUUUUGGAAGCAGUGGACACUAAUGGUGACGGCAAAAUUGAAUAUGAUGAAUUUCGUACUUUUGUUGAAACUACGGAAAACCAACUUCGUGGUCUUUUCAACAGCAUUGACCGCGACAGAGACGGAAAACUAGACAAGGAAGAACUAUCUACCGCCUUUACAAAAGCCGGUCUCACCGUAUCGAAAGCCAAGCUCGAUCAAUUCUUUGCUGAAGUUGACACCAAUCAUGACGGUGUGAUCAGUUUUGAUGAAUGGCGAAAUUUCCUCCUGUUCAUCCCUGUCAAUUCGCCGGGCCUUAAGGCUGUCCUUACAUACUACUCGUCCACCGUACUUAUGAAUCCUGAAGGCGAUGUGGCUGUCAGCGAUGAGACAAUAGAGGGGCUAGGCUACUUCCUAGCCGGUGGCAUCGCGGGUGCAAUUUCUCGUUCGGUGACGGCACCUUUAGACCGUCUAAAGGUGUACCUUAUCGCGCAAACCGGCGCCAAAAGUGAAGCGGUCAAGGCAGUUAAGGAGGGUGCCACGGCCGAAGCGGCGAAAAAGGCGGCACGCCCGUUGAUAGGAGCGAUGAAAGAGCUGUGGAAAGCCGGUGGGAUGCGGUCUCUAUUUGCUGGUAACGGUCUCAAUGUCUUGAAGAUUAUGCCUGAAUCGGCGAUUAAAUUCGGCUCAUAUGAGGGUGCGAAACGAGCUCUGGCGAGACUUGAAGGUCAUAGCGAUCCGCAGCAGAUUCGUCCCGUGUCAAAGUUUGUAGCUGGCGGCUUAGGUGGCAUGGUCUCUCAGUUGUUCGUAUAUCCCAUUGAUACUUUGAAAUUCCGCAUGCAAUGCGAAACAGUCGAAGGCGGUCUUCAUGGUAAUCGGCUAUUGAUUGCGACUGCAAAGCAGAUGUGGUCGGCAGGCGGCCUGCACACUUUCUAUCGCGGUCUUCCAAUGGGUUUAUUCGGCAUGUUCCCUUAUGCUGCGAUCGACUUGGGCACUUUCGAAUAUUUAAAGCGUUUGAUAAUCUCUCACAACGCUCGUGUCCGUGGCUGCCAUGAGGAUGACGUUCAUCCAAGCAGCGUUGUCACUGCAGGAAUCGGUGCAUUCAGCGGAGCCUUGGGUGCAUCCACUGUUUAUCCACUUAACCUUCUCCGCACCCGUUUGCAGACACAGGGCACGACCAUCCACCCCCCAAGAUACACUGGAAUUAUGGACGUCACAAGAAGAACUAUCAGCAAUGAAGGAUUCCGGGGUCUUUUCAAGGGCAUUACCCCUAAUCUCCUCAAGGUGGCUCCAGCAGUCUCAAUCACUUAUGUCGUCUACGAGAAUUCCAAGAAGUUACUGGGCCUCAAAUAAAGCCUACUUACUCUUCACGAUACCCCGCUUUGUUCUCUGUAAAUAUGGAGAGAAAUUGCAUGCUGUUCUCUUUUGCACAGUCAAUUGCACUCUCAGCUUGACCCGAGGUUUCCAAGAGCAGUCAGCCAUGGUCAUUUAGCAUUUUCACCAUCUUAUGACACCUUUGUCGUUCAUAGCGCAUAUCUCAUUCAUUUUACUCGCGGAUCCACUGGGCUUGGAGUUGCGUGGUUUCAUUGGCUUUUUAAUGGUGAAGGGUGUCACUACGGAGUUUAAUUCUUUUCAUUCAGCGGGCAUGUUUCAUUCAUCUACCCUGAAUAGUAGCAUCAUACUUGCUUGUCACC